AUGCCGGCUCGCCACAAUCCAACAGUCACUACAGAGGGUCUGCUUCAUGACCUCUCCAUUCAGAUGGAACAUUUUUUAAGGCUUUUAGAGGUCGAUCUUUCUCCAGCUAUUGCGGAAGAAGACACAACCAGUGAAUUUCCAAGUAUCUUGGAUUUUAUUUCAUGUGGUGCGAGUUCACGCUUGUGGAUCCUACGCCUACAAACCAUCUUCCGAUGGUCUUCUCUGGCCUUGGAAGAGGAAGAGUGGCUACGGACGCAAGGAUUAGACCGUGCACAUCCUGGGAGUCAGGUCCGCGGUGUCUGGUCGAUGCCGUCUUUCCUUCGUCACCUAGGGCGGUCAAAGGAUCACAAUGCUUAUAGUGAUCUUCAACAGGGGCGAAAGCUUAGGAGAUUCGAGAUUGAGUUUAGUGAGGGGAUUGCACUUUUGUUCGCCCCAGUUUUGCCUACUUUUCGCCGAUUAUCCCUUAUCGAAGAAGCCAAAGCUAUACAGCUUCUAAGAGGUAGCUUUGCCGACAUUCCUGUGAACGCACAACGACUUCUGCAUUUUAAGUCUUAG